GGUGCUGUGUAACUCUGGUCUCAUUUUAUUGCCUUCCACUGUUCAGCUGAGUGAUGAAACUCCAUAAACCGGCCUCUAUUGAUCUCACGCACACGUAAAACCUGCAACCUCCUUCGUGACCCCCCCAUAACGACUAUCUCAUCGCCCCCGUCUCACUCGGUAUCGUGGCUUCCCCUUCUUCCUCGCGGUUCAGCCCUCUUCUUCAUGCCCUCCCUUUCUCCCCUUCCUCCCCCUCGCGGCCGCCCACCAGGCAACGACAACACCUCACUCUCCAGGUUGUUUGGUCGCGGGCCUACCUCCAUCCGUUACAGCAGUCCUCAGCAACCAUCUCGCUGUGUGACCGGCCCAUCAUGGAACCCCCUUUAUGUACUCAUGCCUGCGGGCUUAAAACCUCGGGCAACCCAGAGGAUUGUGCAUCUUGCGGACCUUUAUCUCAUCGCAUCCUUUCAUCUCACUAUUAUUGCACCUCCUCCACUGUACUACAUUAGAUGGGUCUUGACGAAUACAUCGUGGGCGGGCGCAAGGUUCUUGCGUCCGACCUGAUCCUCACACUAACGGUACCGGCCUUCGAAGGCUGCGGUCCCUUCGUCGAGGCCAACCGUUCCCGUAUCAGCGGGAAUUCGCGUCCCGCGUUGCCCGACCGCCGCGAACGAGGCAGAACUGAAGAACGCGACUUGUCCUUCACUAUCGUCCUGUCCUUCUCCAACCCCCCAGGCCAAUCGCGAUCCCACUUCGUCAUCGGCCGUGACCCCAAGUGCUGUGACGUCGUUUGCACUUCUCCUGCGGUCAGCAACCAACAUAUCAAGUUUGCCGUCGAAGGAGAUCACGUCGUCUUGUACGAUGUCUCCUCGCGGGGAAGCAGCCUGGCUCUGGGUGACCGCGGAGGGCAGCGGACAUGGCCAAGGCCCGGCACUCCGUACAAGUGCAUCCUACCUCGGGGUUGCGCCAUCACCCUUGAACUUGGGGAUAGCUUGGUAUUCCGGGUCCGAGUUCCUCCCUGCAGUGGCCCUGAACUUGAUGGAUUUCGCAAAAGGCGCGACGCGUUCCUCGCCAACUGUUCUGACCUUGGAGCUUUGAGCAUCGCCUCUCAGGUACCAACAGCAGUCGCAACCCCCUCGCGCCCGGCACCCAAGAAGCGGCAACAUAUGUACUGGUUUGGGAAGGAGCUGGGGCGGGGUUCGUUCGGCACCGUGUAUAUGGUUCGCCGUUUGCAGGACUGGGCUGUCUUCGCCGCGAAGCAGAUUAUCGAAUUCAACUCUGAAUCCCAUUCCAUGUCCAAAUCCAACCUUGGGCCUGCGACCAGACAGUCAAGUGGCUCUGAAACCGACAGAAGAGGCCUGAGAAGGGAGAUGGAGUCACUGCAAUCCCUCAGGCACGAACGCAUCGUCGGGUAUGUGGAUUGGUACGAAGACAUACCAGGCCGCUGGAUUCUCGUCAUGGAAUAUUACCCGCACGGCAACCUCCAACAGAUGAUCAGGGAUCAAAAAAAGCCCUUCAAGAAGUCUGAAAUCGCCGAGAUUCUAAAGCAGACGGCUGAAGGAUUGCUUUACAUCCACGGCCGAGGCGUCACACACCGAGAUCUCAAGCCUGACAACAUCCUCCUACGCAGCAAGAACCCUCUCGCCCUCGCCCUAACUGACUUUGGCCUCGCCAAAAGAAAAGGGGGCGACUCUUACAUGAAGACAAUGUGCGGCACCCUGGCUUACAUGGCUCCCGAGAUGUGGGAAUGUGAGAAUUACACCAAUGCCGUGGAUAUCUGGGCCCUCGGUGUUGUUGGGUUCGCGCUUAUUAAGAAUGGGCUGCCGGCCUUGCCAAAAAGCCGCUAUCGCAUCUAUUUCCAAUUUGUUUUCGACGAGAUACAGGUCAUGUUUGACCGGGAUCCCAAGGAUCGGCUUGUAGGCAACGUUAGGAAGAUGCUGGCUCAAGAUCGUCACGAUCGACUCCCGGCAGCCGAGUGCAUCGAGGACGCGAACGAGUUACUCGACUCUCUGCGCUCAUCCCAGACAGCAGUCCCGGCGGCGGCUCCAACGCCUUCAUCAAUCCAGAACCAGAACCAGGAUGGCCAGUCUAGCAGCCGGACGGUCCGACCGUCUGAGAUUCGAGAACUUGAAGAGAGAUAUUUCCAGACGUCAAGAUUCCGAGCUGCCGCCGCAGCUGCUGUGGAUACGACACUUCCGGUACGGAAUUCCACCCAGAAACGAGGUACUGACGCUCUCCCACGGUCCAACUCGCUGGAAGCACCGUUGCCCAAGUUACCCCGUACCAAGGUACGGAAUCACAUGGAACAGCAGGGUCCCAGCGCCCCGCAACGUCCCAACAACACUUCGGCCACAGCUGGGCAGCAUGCCCCGGAAAAAAAGGGCGCCGGCGUUCUUCCGCAGCUCAGGCCCACGAACACACGACGGACCGAGCAGCCUGUCCUCGCACAGAAAAGGGUAGCGGGCCACCAAUUGCGGCCCGACUCACCGAACUCAGCGGUACGGAAUCCGUCUCUCACGGAGAAAACAGUUCACAGGAUGCCGGUUCUUGUCGAGGAGAAGGAGCAACCGCCCGGGCAAAAGGGGCAUACCAGCGCUCCACCGACGAUGACCAGACCAAACAACGUAGCGGGUGUCGCAGCGAAGGCCAGGGGGAGCACCGGAACGCAAAAUAACCCGACGAGGUGAUUUAGGUAGCUUUAGG